AUUGUUUGUUUUUAAUCAGUAUUAAGCAGGCCUUAAAGGUUGAAUUUUCUUCGUUAUAAAUUUGUCCUCUGAAUAAUUUGAUAAAUUUCGUGUUUCUUUUGGUCUAAAUGUGGACGACCGCCAAGACCUUUCCCGUUUUUCGCUCGCUCAGUUUUGCGUUAUUAAAUAUUUUAGUGUUGAUAUUUUCUUAAUGUGCGUAGCGUGUAUUCUUGCAGACGCGUUCUUCAUAACAUCGGCGAAGAAUGGAUAACGAUUUAGGUUGUCCGCAAGUGAAAAAAAGCAAGUUUGACAAUAACCCGUUGGAAGAAUUCCGGGUGAAAGAGGCACCUGCUACUGCGUUUUACUUCCCGAAUUAUUUAACGCAAGACGAACAUGACGCUCUGUUGCAGAAUGUGUACGACAGUCCGAAACCCAGAUGGAAGCAAAUGAGCAACAGGCGGUUGCAGAAUUGGGGUGGUUACCCGCAUCCGAAAGGAAUGGUUUCAGAGGAUUUGCCCAAGUGGUUGAGUGAUGAAUGCGAAAAGCUGCUGAAAUCCGAAGUUACGGAAGGAAAGAAGCCCAAUCAUGUGCUUGUUAACGAAUAUGAACCCGGUCAAGGAUUACUGCCUCACUUGGACGGUCCUCUGUUUUAUCCCGUGAUUUGCACCAUUAAUCUCGGUGGGCCCGCAUUGCUCCAGUUCUACAAGGAACAAAAUUUGGAUAAAUCAGUUGGGGGUUUGUUGCUGGAACCCAGGAGUUUAGUCGUUUUAAAAGACAGUUUAUAUACUGAGUUUCAUCACGGGAUCGAAGCCACACGUGCUGAUGUGAUGAUGAAUGUGUGGAACCUGGGUUCAACUACAUUCAAGGACGAGAAGAUUGAAAUUGUCGAACGGAAUUCCACCCGGGUUUCCUUGACAAUACGCCACGUGCCCAAAGUGCUGAACGUCAAGCUUGUUGGCGGUCGAUUCGUGAACCUAAUGUUUGAAAGAGCCUCGGUCGAGAAUGAUUUCGGCGUGCGGUUAUUUUCAGCGAUCAUCCCCGCGUUCUUGCCUCUCAUGCACAUUUGGCUCACAGUGAAGUUUGUGUGGCCUGAGCACGUUCUUGAGAUCGAUAAGAAUGAUUGCUCAUGA